AUGGCCAUCCAAAGUCGCAAUGCAACUAGACGUCGCCUGCAGUUGGCGAGCCAAAUUCCGGUGCCAUCCAGCUCCAAUCCGGGCGCCAAGGGUUUCUCCGAAUGCAGCUGCCAAACGCCGAAUACGACAACCACUAUCGCGCUGAUGAUGAUACUGGAGAUUCCGGACAGCCUUCCCACCAAUGAUGUUUAG